CUGAGGACUACAUGUCCCAGCAGGCUGUGCUCUGACAGCUCUCCGAUUUAAAUAGGAUUCUGGGCUACGCUUAGAGCCAGGCUGUUGCUGAGAGCUCCAGAGGAGCUGGAAGAGGGAGAAGCAGUAAGAAGCAGCCAAGAGUUGGAGCCAGACCAGGAGCCUGAGCCAGAGUUAGAGUUGAAGUUGUUUUUGCUAAGGAGCAGCAACCAAAGAAGUUGAAAAGAUGAUGGUUAUCUUGGGACUGCUCACCUCCUUCCUUUCUUUCCUGUAUGCGAUAGCUCCAUCCAUCAGGAAGUUCUUUGCUGGUGGGGUUUGCAAAACAAACGUGCAGCUUCCUGGGAAGGUAGUGGUGAUCACCGGCGCCAACACGGGCAUCGGCAAGGAGACGGCCAGAGAGCUCUCUCGCAGAGGAGCCCGAGUAUACAUUGCCUGCCGAGAUGUACUGAAGGGGGAGUCUGCCGCCAGUGAAAUCCGAGCUGAAACAAAGAACUCCCAGGUGCUGGUGCGGAAACUGGACCUAUCGGAUACCAAAUCCAUCCGAGCCUUUGUUGAGGGCUUUCUGGCAGAGGAAAAGCAGCUCCAUAUUCUGAUCAACAAUGCAGGAGUGAUGAUGUGCCCGUAUUCCAAGACAGCCGAUGGCUUUGAAACCCACCUGGGAGUCAAUCACCUGGGCCACUUCCUUCUCACUCACUUGCUCCUGGAGCGGCUGAAGGAGUCUGCUCCUGCGCGGGUCGUGAACCUGUCAUCAGUGGUCCACAUUGCUGGCAAGAUUCGCUUCCACGACCUCCAGGGUGAGAAGCGCUACAACCGGGUUUUUGCUUAUUGCCACAGCAAGCUGGCUAAUGUGCUUUUCACUCGUGAGCUGGCCAAGAGGCUCCAAGGCACGGGGGUCACCACCUACUCAGUGCAUCCGGGUGUCGUGCACUCCGAGCUGGUCCGGCACUCCUUCCUGCUGUGCCUGCUCUGGCGGCUCUUCUCCCCCUUCCUCAAGUCUGCGCGGGAGGGGGCGCAGACGAGCCUGCACUGCGCCCUGGCUGAGGGCCUGGAGCCCCUGAGCGGCAAGUACUUCAGUGACUGCAAGAGGUCCUGGGUGUCUCCAAGGGCCCGAAAUAACAAAACUGCUGAGCGCCUGUGGAACGUCAGCUGUGAGCUUCUAGGAAUCCAGUGGAAGUAGAGCUGGUAGAAGAGCCACAGUUUUAUCAGGUCCAGUCCGCACCAUAAUGAAAGGGGACCAAGGAGAAGGCCAACACUGAAGGACUGUCCUCCCGGCUGGCUGCUUUUGUGAAUCCUGUUCGCCUCUGAGUCUUCUGACCCUUCUGGAAAUCUUUGUACACCCAACCCUCUUGAGAGGUUGGCUCAUGGCAUGAGAUGUUCAUGCCUACAGAGCAUUUUUCUCCAAGACUUGCAGAGUCAACCACCCUGUUAGGGUAGGAGGAGUAGGCAGAUGGCAGAUGGAGCACAGGGGUGGCAAAAGAGCCUGGGAAAUGGGUCAGUUUUCUCACCUGUACCGGAGACGCCAGCCAGCGUGCUAGCUGAGGAAACAGGAGAACCAGCGUUAUGUGUUUCUAGGGACUAUAGACUCAAACUCUUGACUAAUCUCUUUCCUCUUUAAAUUCUAGUCAAAACUCUGGAAUCUGGACCAACUCAGGAAAAUCUUGGCUUAACCUUGGCCAAUUGAGUUCCUUCCUCUGAGCACCCUGGAGCCAAUGCAUGAAGCUGGACCUUUCCAUUUUCUUCUUCCAGUUCUUUUAUAAAAAUGGGAUUUUUUUCUAGCUUUAUUGCGAUGUAAUUGACAUAUGACAGUGUGUGAGUUUGGACCUUUCCAUUUUCAAUCAUGUAGAUGGUUUCCUUUUCUAAAGCAUUCCCUUUACCUAAAAAAAAACAAAACAGUUUUG